AUGACCUGCAGUUCUGUAGCUUUGUCAAGUGGUCUUAAAGUCUUUGCUGUGCGCAAUGGCAGUGAAUGCCUCGGUGACAAACGUUUAGCCACCAUAUUAUCUCAAGUAAAUGGAUCAAAAGGUUGUGUCGGAGGUCGAGGAGGACAAAACGUAUCUGAUGUUUAUCGACUCACAAGUAAGAGAGCAUUUCUCUUCCAUUUAGUUUUCGGCUUUGUUACAUUUAGCAGUGAAUUCACAACAUCUUAAAAAUUGGCUGAUAGCAAAUUAAGUUUGUUUGUUGGCGCAUUAAUUUAUACAAUCAUUCAAUCUCUUUUUGCUCCAUUCCGGUUUUUGAUAAUUUGUAAUGUCUCGAUUAGUGAGAAGUUUCAACAUCCCCCUACCGAGGAGCCCCCUGGGCAUUGAAACUUCAGAAGAUUCAGGUUUGUUCAAAUUCCCGGCCCCGCGGGGCAAAAAUUGGGUUCAAAUGCCCCACCCAAAUUUUUUUCGGAAAAGGCAAAAUCAGCGACCGUAACUCUCUACACAUUGACCAAGCUAUAAACCUAGACUUUUUAAGACCUUUCCUAUUUAGCCAGUAGCUCGCGAAAGUGAACUUCUUAUCCUAAACCUUAUAAACAGAUUCACAUCUAAAGGUAUAACAAUUGUAUUCGCUGGAAAGACUUGGCACCUCCGGUUCAAAUUUCCCACCCUCGAUAAGUAAAUAUCAAACUCCCUAGGCACGGACAACGGUUAAAUGCCCGUGCUUUGCCGAGAAGAGGGUGGGGGGAGGAAGGGCGGGGUGGGAAGGGCUAGAAGGGAUUUUGAAGCUUUGAAGUUAUCAACUGGUGUCUUUCUGAUUUUCAAUUCCUAUGUAAUGUUGAAAGUAUAGUCUCAUUUCGAAGAAGCACUUAACCUUGCUGUGUCUCCACAGUUUUGGCUUUGUUAAGGUCUUCAUAAACUGUUGUUUCAUGGAUAUAUCUUCAAACCUACUCCUCGCCCUUGGGCAAGAUUCUGGGACUACGCGAACAAUUUCCAUAUGUCAUUAUUUUCGGAAGAUCUUUUUAGGGGAAUCAAAAGGCAAUAGAGAACGUAGGAGAGAAAUUUGACACAGUUAACAUGGAAAUGAACACAAAGCACAAUACUGAUAGCACUCAUUCAUUUAUUUGCUUCAGUGUUUGUCAGCAAGCUGACUGGGCUAAGAACCAGUGAAGUGACCUUCAAAAGUGUCCGUGUGGAGUGGAAUGUAGUUCCUGAACCUUUCAUUCUCGGCUAUAGAGUUCUUGUGAAGAAUAUUUAUCUUAAACAAUUGGUCCCUUGGAACCGAACGUACGCUGACGUCAGGGGUCUCCUCAGUAACUCCUCGUACAUCAUAGGCGUAACACCAUUUCAUGGUUUAACAAGUGAGGAGUACCCAGAAGAAAAGAUGGAAAGCAUCAACAUAACAACGAAGCCAGAGCAAGGUGAACAAUUUUAAAGGGUAGAUACACCAUAAACAUAACAAACUGAUUAGACAAAUAGUAGAUCCUACGUUUUUGAGACUUCAAUAGUUGUAAAAGAACGGUGCUUCACAUUAGGUAGAAUGAAAACUGCCAGCGGAUACCCACAGAAUUCUCGCUAUCGUGACCUCGGCUGGUGUUGAAUGUAUGACCGUUGACUUGCAGAUGGUGAGAAGGUAGAGAGAGCAUCCAAGACAAAAAAAAUUGUCUUAUUUAACUUUAUUCCUUUCAGCCCCAGCCCAAGCACCUUAUUUCGUAAGUGCUCAUGAGACCAGUUCUACGAGUCUGGUUGUGAAAUGGAGUCAUCUGCCAGAGAUGAAUUUUCGAGGACGACCAAUUGGUUACAAAAUAAUUUAUUACCCAGCUGCGUCAAGGAGUGAUGUCAGUUUUGUGAGAGUGAACUACUCAACAAAUACAACAACACUGACAAACCUGACUGUUUAUACUAUGUAUGUCAUUAAUGUGUCAGCGGUAAGCUCUGGAGGAAUAGGACCUGCAAAGAUAGUGAGGGCCCAAACAGACGCAGAAGGUACCUGGGAAUCUAUUGCACAGUGAAUUAUUUUUGAGCUUUUAAAAUAAAUUUCCCUGCAAUAUUUGUGUUAAAUCCUUUUUCCGUUUGUUUUGUUUGCUUAUGUUAAUUUUUUGUUAUUUUAUCGUAUUUUGUUGUUUGAUGUCUUGUGGUCAUGGAGAGAAUACGGCCUUUGCAUGUAGUCAUGUGCCUUAACAAAAUGCAGAGUUUGUUAUUUUUGUUAACGUUGUUGUCUGUAAUCAGCUCGCAUUUAAAACCAGAGCCCAGUUGUAUAGGGGGCGGAUAAUGCUAUUCAAUGGAUAAAUUGCUAUCCAGUGGAUAAGUGAUUGUAAAAUGCACUGAUUAAUCCAGUGAAUACCGUUAUCCAACCUCUCGAACAACCGUGGCAAAAAGGAUAGGGAAUCAAUAAACCUUGUGAAUACUGAGUUAAAUUUACAGCAGCUGUUAAAUCCGGUUAUGAUUACUUCUCUUGUGUAUUUUUUUCAAUCAUAUAGCUCCUUUUCAAGCUCCUAAUUCGGUGACAGUCCUUGAAUCUAGUUCCACGAGUCUGAUAGUGAAAUGGAAUCACCUGCCAAAAGUAGAUUUUCAAGGGCAAGCCGUUGGCUACAAUGUCACCUAUCGCUCAGAUGAUUUAGAGUGUGAUAUGAAUUUUGUGAGUGUAAACUUCACGACGAACACUACAACACUUUCUAAUCUGACUAUUUAUACCAUGUACAUCAUUAAUGUGUCAGCGGUGAGCUCUGGAGGAAUUGGACCUGAAAGAACAAUAAAGGCUAGAACGGGCGCAGAAGGUACAGACGUUUUUAGAAUUGAUCUAUAUUGUUAGACAGAUACGAAACGACCGAUCCUCUCUAAACUUCUCUAAACUUCAGCAGAAAAGUAAAUGACUUCGCAAAAAAUCCAUUUAAUUAGACCAAAGCCAUACAUAUAGACAUAUGCAUAUGGUCUUGGGUAAUUUUGGCGACCAGGGAGUAUUUCCUAACAUGAAAAUGAAACAGAAAGGAAAUAUAAUCAGUUCUAUGCACAAAACAAUGAAUCUUUGAGGUUUGUUGAAAGAUGCUUAUUUUUGUGACGGGUACACAAUGUGUUUGGUCUUAAAGAAAUCAAUUUAGUGAAAUAUACAACCCUGAGAAAGCUUCGUGGUUUACCUCGUGGUCGCGAAUGUUUCUAAGGGCCGAUGCGCUCUUGUGGUUGCGUAAGUUACCCAAAACAUGUUGCAGCCCUAUUUGGCGAUAUCUCGAUACGACGACGCGCACCUAGCUUGCUCAAAUCGAUAUCAAUUCGUAUAACGUCAACAUAAUCUUCAAUUCCACAUAAAUAUUUACACGCGAAGACUACAAUGAUGCCUCUAAGGUUGACCAGUUAUCAUUAUAUUCAAUAUAUUUUGCAUUUCGUUUUAUCUUUAUUCCAUCAGCUCCAACUCGAGCUCCUGGCUUUAUAACUGCGACCAAUAAAAGUUCCACAAGUCUGAUAGUAAAAUGGAGUCAUCUACCAGAGGGAAAUUUUCAAGGAAAAACCAUUGGCUACAAUGUAACUUUUUAUCCAGUUGAUUCAAAGAGUUUUUUGAAUUUUGUUGCUGUGAAUUACACUAUAAACAGCACAACACUGACCAACCUAAGUGUUUAUACCAUGUAUGUCAUUAAUGUAUCAGCGGUAAGCUCCGGAGGAACAGGACCUGCAAAUACAGCGAUGGCUCAAACGGGCGCAAGAGGUAAGAGGUGACACAUCUCAUACAUACCUAGAUUUAGAUUUAGAGUUACAAAUUAAAAAGAUCCCGUGUAAAAUUCGUGCGUACUACACAACAUACAUCGUUCGUCCAUUCAGAGACACGAACAAUAGCACUUUACUUCGGAGGGCAACAAGUGCGCGGCUUUCCGUAAAGAAAAAGUGGAAGAAGUGCCAUGUUUUGUUCUUCUUGAAGGAACAAUAGAUGACCGCGUAGAUAAGAAAUAAAGCGGAGAAAUCGCAUAUAUCCUUAACAGCAAAUAAAUUAUCCAAAUCUAUAGGUAUUAUUCAUAAAUCUAGGUUUUUUCUCUCUACUCACUCCCUUCGUACUUUAUACAAUUCUAUGAUCCUUCCAUAUUUGUAUUAUUGCAAUUUAGCUUGGGCUGGUACCUAUAAGUCAAACCUUCAAAGAAUUGUAACCUUACAGAAACGUGCGUUAAGAAUAGUAAGCAAUUCUACAUACAUUGCCCAUACUGGCCCUAUUUUAAAGGAACUUAAACUCUUAAAAUUUCAUGAUAUCCAUUCGUUUCAAUUAGGUACUUUUUUAUGUUUUCAUUCAAGAACUCUACACUCCCUUCCAAAUUCAAUAACUUUUUUUUUUUUACUGAAUAGUCAAAUCCACAAUUAUAAUACUAGGAAUGCUCAGUCCUUCCGUUUGCCACUGUGCAGAACGAACACCAGGAAGUUUUCAAUUUACUUUCAAGGUCCAAACUUUUAUAAUUCGUUAAAUUCUGACAUAACUAGUUCUCCCUCCUCCGCUUCUUUUUAAAAGAAAGCUUAAGGAAUUUCUUCUCUCUAAGUAUUAGCUUCUGUAAGGCAGUAAUUCUUAACUAACUUAGUUAAUAUGUGUGUGCGUGUGUGUGUGUGUACGUGUGCGCGGUCAAAGUUAAUUACCAUAAGUCCAUAUUGUAAUUCUAAUAUAAGAUUAGUUAUUUUAAGUGAGAAAGCCUGACUUGUUAUAAGCCUCGUGGUUUCUUUCAGGUUUUCUCGCCAUUUAUUUUCUGUCAUCAAUUUUCUUCAUUUUUUUUCCAUGUGUAAAUGUCGUAUAUGGCAAAUAAAUAUUGUAUUGUAUUGUAUUGAGUUUAGAAUAAAAUUUUCUCCUUCACUUUUCAAUGUUUUUAGCGUCGACCCUCUUUUAUAAAUUUGCGAUCAAAACCUACCGGGGUGGGAGUCAUCUUUUAAAUUCCGCUAGUUCAAGAGUUUGAUUUUGACUUCUGCGACGUUCACUAACGGUCAUCUUUCCGAUGUUAAUGCUGUGUUCUCUUUUAGCUCCUUUUCGAGCUCCUGAAUUGGUAACAGCACAUAGCUCUGGUUCCACCAGGCUGAAAGUAAAAUGGAGCUACCUGCCAGAAAAAGAUUUUCAAGGAGAACCCCUUGGCUAUAGUCUUACCUAUCACCCUGUAGAUUUAGAAAUCGAAAUUAAAUUCAUGAGCGUAAACGACAUGAUGAAUACCACAACGCUGACCAACCUUGCUGUAUACACCAUGUAUGUCAUCAAUGUGUCUGCGGUGAGCUCUGGAGGAGUAGGACCUGCAAAGACAGGAAAGGGACGAACAGGCGCAGAAGGUACGAAAUUUUCGAGACAGCAUUGGGUAAGAUGUGUAACACCCAUAGUGAAAGGAAGACAAAAAAAAUGCAGAAUGAGAACGUGCGUGCAAAGUCACACUUUGCACACUCAAUUAAGUUUGAAAGAAGAUGAUAUUGAAUCUCUCUUGCAGUCCCUUUCGCUUUUGAAUGGCCUUUUACAGACUUUGUUUUCAAGGAUGCUAAGCUGUGAUGUCUGUGAAAGUUCGGAAGAAGUUCACUACAUUUUGGAAAGUUUUCUCAUUAAACAAUUUCUUAAUCAUGAUAAAGACAAUCAAACUUUGACUUAAUAAGUGAAGUUACGCCGAACGUUCCUCAAAAUGUAUCUAAAUUGCUAACAUGCGACUACCCUGCAAAAUUGUAAAAUUUUGCAUCUGAUUCAAUAAGUAGACAUCAUCCCAUACGCUUAUUAACAUAAGCUGCCAUCUUAAAACAUAUUCCCACCAAAUUUAUCAAUGUUAUCGUUUUAUUUUCAGCUCCACUUAAAGCUUCUGAGGUGGUCACUGCGCAUAACUCUAGCUCCACAAGUCUUUUAGUGAAUUGGAAUCACCUGUGGGAGAAACAAUUUCAAGGAAAACCCAUUGGUUACGAGAUCACCUUUCACCCUGUUGAAUUAGAAAUUGAUGUUAGUCAAGUGAGUGUAAACUACACGACAAAUAGCACCACCUUGACCAACCUGACUGCUUAUACCAUAUAUGUGAUUCAUGUGUCAGCGGUAAGCUCUGGAGGAAUAGGACCUGCAAAGACAGUGAAGGCCCGAACAGGCUCAGAAGGUACUGUAGAGUCGAUAAUACUCUAUGGAAACAAAAUACGUUUUCUUAUUUAAAACUAGACUCAGAAUCAUGACAUUACUAAACAGUGUUGUGUAAGGAAAUUCUCACAUAUCUACAAACCUCCUGAGUCUCUUGUUUAUUGAUAAUUAAGAUUAUUUUUACCUUUGUGAGCUCAAAGUGUAAAGGUUUUUUAAAACCUUAACACUGGAGUGCGAGCAUAUUGCACAUUCAAAGGUUCCGAGUAUUUUAAGAUUAAUUUGACUUCGAUUGUUUGGUUGAACAAUUUUUUUCAAUUGAUCUCAGCUCCUUGUAGGGCUCCUGACUUGGUCAUCGCCUACAACCUCAGUUCAACGAGUCUUGCAGUAAAAUGGCGUCACCUGCCAGAAAACUAUUUUCAAGGAGAACCAAUCAGUUACAGAAUCAGUUACAACCCAGUUGUUUCAGAGAAUGACAUUAACUUUGUUAGUGCGAACUACACAUCAAAUACAACAACACUGACCAACCUGACUGUUUAUACGGUUUAUGUCAUCAAUGUAUCAGCAGUCAGCUCCGGGGGAAUAGGACCUGAAAACACAGUUAAGGCCCGAACAGGCGCAGAAGGUAAGAUGGUUUAUAAUUAAGAGCUUUCCAAAAAGUAAGCAAAGAGAAAAGAUGAAAGAAUUUAACGCUUGGAUUUCAUCCGCGUCAUGCUGGAGAUGACAGUAAUAUAAAUGAUUGUAACUCCCGUUGUGCUUUUAAGUAAACUGACAGGCACUUAAACAUUUGAAGGAAAUUCCUCUGAGUCAACUUUUUGUUACCUAACCUAAAACCCCUCGUAAAGCUCGUAAUCUUGUCAACAGGUCAACAACCAAGUGGUAAUCUUGAAAUUCUCGGUGCUUUGUGUUAUCUCAGCUUUUAAUUUGGCAGAAAAACUGGCUCUUUGCAAUUUUUGAAAGAUCGCAGACUAACCCUUUAGGAAAGAAAAAAAAAAUAUAUCCAAAAGAUUUCUAAUCAGUAUUUUUUCAAGUGAAAAAAUUUGGUAGUAGCAAUUUUUUUUCUAUUUUCCAGUUCCCUCUGUUUCUCCUUGUCAAGUUUUGGUGACUGCGCAGAGUUCCACAAGUUUGCAUGUUUCCUGGACUGCUGUUCCUCAAAAACAUCACCACGGAAAGAUCCACAUGCACAAGAUUUAUAUCAGUCUGGCUACUCAGCCGAGCAACUAUAUCAAUACAUAUUACGCGUUUAAUCCAGUCGAGUACAACAUUAGUGGCCUUCGUGUUUUCACAUUGUAUGUCAUUCGUGUUUCGGCGGUGAAUGAGGCAGGGGAGGGACCGAAAAGUAGAGCUGUUACAGCAAGAACGUUCGAAGGCGGUGAGUUUAUUCAUAUCAGUCGGAAAUAAAUAUAUUUUUGUAGAUCUAUCAGUUAUUUAGUAAUACCCAUGUACAUUGUGUCCAUCUGUAGUACCCAAUGCACCCCCGAUGAAUUUAAGUUUGGUUCAUAGCGACUCUUGGUCCAUCGUGGUGGAAUGGAAACCAGUCCCUGUGGGAUAUGAGAAUGGUAUCAUCAGAGGAUACAGGCUGGUUUACAGAGUGAAGGAUUCCGGAAACUCUAUGUCCAUGGCUGAUGACUCAAUCUAUUCCGAGAAUAUUGCUGUUCUUUCUGGGUUGGAAUUUGACACAUUAUACUCAAUCCGAGUGGCUGCUUUCACAAAUGUUGGUUCUGGAAAUUUCUCGGAGGCGAUCGAAGUCAAAACAAAAAUGUGUGAGUAAAGCUCUAUCACUUCCACAAUACAGCUCACGAUCACAUGGUCUAAAAUUUCAAAAGCCUGGCUGUUUUCCUAUCGACUCGUAUAGAUAUGCUGAAGGGGGAACUGGUGACAAAAUCCAGAGGGGUUGGGCGGCUUGCAAAUAGGUUAGCUCACGUCUGUUAUGUUUUCAUUGAUUGACCUAUUUAAUUUAUCCUAUUCAUCGUUUUACUUUUAUCUUCCAACCUCAUCUUCAACGUUCUUUGGUUUUGUAGUUGACCCAUGCGACGAUAUUCUUUGCUUAAAUGGAGGAACAUGUAUACUGACACCUGAAUCCUGGCUGAAUGCAAGCAAACCUUGCAUAUGCCAAAAACCGUUUUUCGGAAGAUUGUGUGAUACUUAUGUUUCUGGUAAGAACGUGGAAACAACUUUCCAAUUCUAAACUCAGCAUUGUCGAGAGUAUUGUCGCAAGAAUCCUUAGAUUUUUCAAUCUUUGUCCCCUAGAGCGUUCAUGUCGAAGUCCGACCGUAGAGCUGCCUGGCCUGUCAUCAAAUAUAACCUCUUCGAUGACUGUACGCCGAGCCAAUCAGCUUGUAAUUUCUUCAAAAGUCAGUCUUGAUUGUGAACUUUUAUAUGGGACAAUAUUUGACUGGGAAGUGUUCGAUCUGCCUUCACAAUCUCGGGGACAUCCAUUUCUUUCAAGAUACGGUGGUUCCUCAGAAUUUCUCAUAAAACGAGGCAAGCUGCCGAUGGGUAUAUACUUGGUGCGACUGACUGUUAAAAUGGCGGGAACGCAAGUAUAUGGCCUCAGUGAGGGCUACAUCCGGGUCAUUGAAAGUCCAUUAGUUGCGCAUAUCUCCGGAGGAACGAAGGUAGAAAGAGGAUUCAAUAAAACCUUGGUGUUCAAUGCUUCCUUGUCACGUGACCCUGAUUCCUUUACUCCUCCUUACGGUGAGAUGACUACUUUGCUGUGAUCACGAAGUAAUACUGGAUAUAUUUGCUUUUUUAAUCUACUUUGGUGGCUAUCUUAUCCAUUCUGAAAUUAACGCUGAUAAUUAACCGUUCUCUUAGUUAAGAGCGAGGAUAUUUCAUCAAUAGAAGAUUCGUAUUCCACCAUCAGGCGCACCUGUCUUCCCAUCUCUUUGUUGACCUUCCUCUCAGUUCCAUUUCCUUUUUUCUUUUUUUCUCUCCCGGGUGGUAACGUUUCUAGUCUGUUACUGGUCAUCCUAUCCUCUAAAACGGAAUUUUUCAACUAAAUAGGCAAAAAGCUAGUGUAGCAAGAGUACUAUAGGGCUGAGGGGGGUAAAUGGGACCUUGACCCAAACCACUCUGCGCUGCCCUCUAUUUUUUAGGUCUUCGUUUUACCUGGAUAUGCAGGAAUUCUUCGCAAAAAUUUUCCGACGAUCUACUUGAAAUACCCGUGGUCCUGCCAAGGCCCUCAGCAGCCAAUCUCGACCGUGGAGGAUGUUUCGGGACUGGAGCAGGGAAUAUAGGCGGCAACCAUUCCAUUGUUAAGAUCGACAGUGGCUAUAUGACAGAGAAUAGUUCGUAUUCCAUAACAGUUGUGGUCGAGAAGCAUCCGAGAAGAGCGUAUUUCACACAGGAAGUGGUUAUUUCUCCAGGAGAUCCUCCGGUAGUCGAGAUAAGGUACGAUCAUGGUACGAUCAUGGUGCAUAUAUAUAUAAGGGGGUAACAGAUAACGUAGGUAAUUCAAGGAGACCCUGCGCUCACAAUAUAGUUUUUUUUAAUAAUUUUGCAGUGAGUGAUUAAUUUACUUAUUAGAAUUCACCAACAGGAGAUGGGAGUUACCUAACUCGGUAGGUGCAUAAAGUUUAUUUCUGUAGUAUCUUCACAUUCAUUUAAUAUUCUCAUAGUAACUAUAUUUGUCAAAACUAUCACAACUUUUGGAAAUGUGAUUUUGCACAUUUUCUGCGACGUGUGCAAGUAAUUUUGAUAAAGUAUUAGCUUGAGUUACAGAGGGCUUUCCUUGCCCGGUGAAGAGUCCGUUUUACGGCACGAAUAAAGACUUGAAUUCACUGCAAAGACCGAAAAAGUCGAAAUCGAUGUCUCUGUGUGAAUGACCAGAGCUCGUAAGGGAACAUGUUUGGUAGGUAUAUCUUUGUCUAUAUCCUUUUAUAGUGCAUUAUUAAUUUGUUUUGUUCCGUAUCUUAGAUGUGAAGAUAAUUGUGACUCAAAAGUGAAUCCCUCUCGUCGUUUAGCGCUUAAACGACUCUGCGAGGAGCUUGACUGCGGAAGGGGCCUUUCUUAUCAAUGGACUCUUUUUGAGACUGGUGUGGCAAACGAGUCCAGAUGGGUUCAGGUCAGUGAUUUACGAGAAAAAAUUCGUACACGAUUGACCUCGCCGAGAGUCGUUACAAACCCUGGAGUACUAAAAUCCAAUAUGAUUUAUAAAUUCGUGCUAACUGCUAAACGGCGCGGAGGACAUGCAGGUUACUCGGAGUACCAGUUCGCCACUUACAGCUCCCCUACUGAAGGAAAAUGUGACGUCACCCCUCUGUCUGGAAGAACACUGGAGACUACCUUUACUUUCGCGUGCAGUGGCUGGGAGGAUCCAGAUCGUCCCUUGCAGUAUUCCUUCAUUUAUUUCACCGAUGAUGAUUUUCCCAACGUUGUACACAAAGGGAUGGAGAGAAGUAAGGAAACAAAGCUUCCCGCUGGAAAAAAGAUAAAUAACUUUACAGUCGACUUUCGUGUACGAGUGGCUGACAUGUUCGGAGCCUUUACCGAGGUGAAGACACCUGUUCAGGUACAGAACGGAAGCAUUCAGACAAUUUUAUAUAGAGCCGCAUUAUUUUGACAGAGAAAAAAUUUGAAACUUUACAUUGCUUUACUGACGAAAGGUGAGAAUCGUGCGUCGAUUUUACGAGCAUGGUGUCUUGAAGUAGUGGUAGAUUUUUGAACGGCAAAUGUUGACCAAUGCUUAUUACCUCUUUGCGAAAAAUGUGGCCACCAUCCUAGUUUGGGAGGUUCGGUAGAGAAACUAAUUUUUGAUGCAUACAGUUAUGGUGGCACCUGCAGACUGGCUCCAGCUCUGAAACGGUUGUAAUGCAGGCUUCACAUACGUACGUGAUGCGAUUCAGUAAUUUGCAGCCCGUCCUCUUAAAGAAGAAAAAGCCAAAAUUCAUCACAACGUGCCGCUUCUGCCGUUUUCUUUUUGAAGAAUUUGUUCAUUGAAAUGAUUCUCUUGAUUACAUUUCCUCUUAUCUAAUAUCAGGUGCUGCAGCUUCAGUUAAACGCAGAAAAGCUUGUGGACCGCGCUGUUCAGUUGACAAUUGGAAACCAGAGUCAGUUCAAUAAAUUACUUGAGUCAGGUGACUUGUCACAGGCUGUUCAGGUAGCCAAAGCAGCCAUUGUGGCUGUUGACGUUGAUGAAAAAAUUCCUCAGGAUAAGCUCAAGGAAAAGAGAAAAGCGGUAAUUACUCAAUAUUGGUUUUCAUGAGCAACUUCUUAAAAUCUGACGGAAAAUUUGCUAAAUAUUUACAAAUAGCUGUAAAACAACUUAAUGUAAAUUUGGACUUCAAGUUCAAAAUCACAGAAAUUAAUUAUCCACGAGUUGACAAACUUACACCGUAUGAGGACUGUGCAACAAUGUACGCCGGAACGGGUCUGUGAUUUUGGACUGAAAAAACCUCUAUAAGCGAACGAAAAAUUGUCUCUGGGGUGAAAUGCUGAUCACGACAAGCCUUUCUAGGUGUCAGUGUCAUUCGUAAACGUUUUUUUGUGCAGGUGAAAUCCAGUAUUGUAAAACAACUGUCUGCUGUACAAGUGGAGACUGUGGAGAGAAUACAACAGACAUCCAAGGUUAUAGCCGAGGCCCUCUCGGUUGUUAGCGAAGUUACCGCAGAAGCACAGGUAAAUUUUUCUACGCACCUAUCUUUUUCACAAACAUUACUCGUUCGCUCGGAAAGACCAUAGAGCUUUGAAGUUAAAUUUUCUAAUCAACUUUCAAAGCUCAAUUUUGACCUGGAGAAGGUGGAGUCCUCCUUGAAUGAUAGUUUGUGAAAUCUAGAUGAACACGUAAUGUGAUAAUGAACACGUAAUGUGAUAAUGAACUUUCAGAGAGCAGCAGCAGAUGCCCUUCAGUCGAUGAGCACAGUUUUGAAAGAGGAAUCCUCAGCAGGGAAAAGUUACGAGGCGCUUUUGGGCGGUGCAAGAAGUCUUGCUGCUGGUCUCGGUGGCAUGCUCAAGGUGUCUUCACACUGGGCAAGAGAGUAUGAAUUAAGGGACACCCACCAGGUGGAUUCGGCCAAUGUACACCGCCAACGAAAAAGCCUUCGGUCUUUAGACCUUGCUUUCCAACAAAGAUCAAAGCAAUACGCUGCAGCUGAGCUGCUAAAAGCGAAGAAUGAGGUAUAACAAUGCGACGUUUACCAUGGACGGAAUUAGUUUGCUCUACAUCUUCAGAAGCAGCGGGCCCCUGCUAGGUCACAAAAAAGCGGUCGUAGUUGUUGGUCAUUGUGUCGGGGAGGGAGUGGGGAGGGCGAGGGCAUCCCGAAUUAAUGCACUUUUUCCUUGCAAUCAGCUUAUAAACAGCCCUAAUGCAACUUAAUCCACAGACCAGUCCAUUCAUAAAGCAAACCAAGUCAUUUUCAGAGAGUUACCUCACAGAUUCAAUCACCUCUAUCACUCCCUGAAUUGUAUCAAAAUUUUAAUAUGAAUAAAAAAUUAAAAUAAUUAGCAAUCGUAGCUUCCGUCAGCUGCCUUUAAGAUUUAUUACUCUACUUUAUAGUCAAGAGGACGAGCUCUGAGCCUUUUACAGUCGCUGGAAAAUGUUGGAAAAACCAUCUUGUCUCGAACCUUAGUCGGUGAGAAGCCAAGAGAGCUUUCAUCCCAGCCUGUGUCCCUACUUAUUUUACGAGAGGAGCCUCGCUUGUUCUUAGGAUCUGUUUUGUCCAACCAAGACUACAGCUUCGCACUUCCUUCCGAUUCAAACCUGUUCGGCAACAGUACAUUGUUUGUGGAUAGCCAGGUAUGGAAAUGACGUCAUCUGUUCUUUGACUAAUUUGCAACAUGUAGGCAGUCAGUCCUUUUCUUUGUCCGCCUUAGUCUCAACAGGUUAUGGAUACCAAGUAGAAAAUAGAUUUUGUAUUAAGAAUCAACGAAAAAGCCGCUUUUUAAUUAUUUACAUUUAGUGCAAAUGUUGUUCACCAGAACAUUCUCAUGUCAGCAGAAGAUCAGAGUAACAGUAACAGCCUCUUAAGGCUUUCUUCCAGAAUAAUUUUUCAGUUGCUUUAUGAAUCAAGGUAUCUGGGUUGAAAGUUUACUUUAUGCGGAAAAGAUAGAUUAGUGGGCCACAUUUCACAAUUCCGUCUUUAUUUCAGAUGAUCACAACAAGUUUUGUAUCUUACUCGUGGCAUCCUUCAGCGGCGAGAUUGACGAGUGGAGUUGCCAGCCUUGAAUUUAAAAACAGCUCUGGGCAUCUCUUAAAUGUGACAGAACUGAUAACGCCCAUGGCUAUCAAAUUGCGCAAUAAUUACAAUUUAAUUGACACCUCUCGAUCAUACUCCCUUGGUGCUCGUGAAACUGUGUUCCACAAGAUAAACGUCACUCAUCUAGGGAUAACUCUGAUACUGAAGGUUCGUCCAGAAAAUAACAAAACAGAAUUGUUUGUGUCUCUUAAGUUUGGGAAACGACCCUCUGCUAACAAUAGUGAUAUGAACGUCACCGUCCCUAACUUCUCAACUUGCCCUCAGAUGUCGUCUGGUUAUGUCAACUGCUCAACUGAUCCGUUUAAGGUACUCGUAGACAGUAAACUCACCAAAAAGACAGGCAUUUACUUCAUUGGAAUACAAAUCAAGUCAAAGGGUCCUUCUAAGAUGAGGCGGUGCAUAGGUCAAGGACGGCCAAAACGCGCAUGUGUGCAAUAUAAAGAAGUGCCUGCAGCAGAUGAUACCAAAGCAAGGCAGUCUCCACAAAAUCGAAUCUUUAGAAAAGGCGAUGAAAAUUACACCAUACAAGUGAUGCCAGCUGCCUGUCUCUAUUGGAAUACCGCAAUGUCUAAAUGGACGUUUGAUGGAUGUAAGGUAAGUGAGCAUUGUUGUUAAGUGUCGAUGUUAUCUAACCAUUUGCUUUAUCAAAUCAAAUGCGGAACUAAGUUCAUAGAGACAAUUUAGUAUUUUCUUAUUGUCAAUGGUUUGCAUUAUGAACAGGUGGCUGAAACAACAACCGUGGACAUGAUUCAUUGCCACUGCCACCAUUUGACUGCAUUUGGAGGUGAAUUGUUUGUGGCACCAAACCUCAUCGAUUUUGACAAAGUAUCUAUUGAAUUACAACGCAUCUCAGAGACCGGAAACGUAGCUGUAAUUAUAACAGUGAGCUGUGUGUUUGGACUUUACUUAAUGCUUAUACUAUGGGUUCGGAAGGCUGACCAGGAAGAUGCUUUGAAGGUAGGUGUCUCUAUGUUUCUCAAGGUGUAGAUGAUGACCUUAUUCUACAUCUUUUAAAUGUGUUUAAAUCAAAAUUAUCAAAUUAUCAAACAACGUUCGCUUUGUUGUUCAUUGCAGAUCGGCGAUAAACCAUUUUUGGGAUCUUUAUCACCCUGGUGUUGUCGAUACGAGAUUGAAAUAUCUACAGGCAUUUGGUUUGAUUCUGGUACCAGUGCUAAGGUGUAUCUAGUGCUUGAGGGCGAAAUGGAAUCCAGUCGACCUUAUCAUUUAAAGAGCAAUUCCUUCAUUCCAUUUGCAAGAGGAAGCUUAACGUGUUUUACCCUCUCGGUUUCGAAUAAUGUUGGCCCCUUACGCAGAGUGCGCGUGUGGCAUGACAACUCUGGUGAAAGCCCUUCAUGGUAUCUAAACACAAUCAAGAUUUAUGACGCGCUCAGUCAGGAGCUUAAGACUUUUACCUGUCACAAGUGGUUAGCUGUUGAGAAGGGAGACGGAUUAGUAGAUCGCACUCUUGCUGCUGAUUUAACUGCCGGAAAGCGAAAGAACUUUUGGGAAUCUUGCCGGAAUACAGUGGCCGGAAAACUCGGUGAUGGGCAUCUGUGGUUUUCUGUCGCAACCAGACCACCAAGUAGACGCUUCACUCGCGUGCAGCGUUUGUCGUGCUGCCUGUCACUUCUGUUGACUACAAUGUUGGCCAAUGCCAUGUUUUAUCAGUUUGUUCCUGGGCAUGUUCAGCAACAGCGUACAUUUAGAUUGGGCCCUCUGGCCCUAAAUUUGCGACAACUAAUUAUUGCAUUGGAGAGCAUUGUUGUAGUUUUGCCCGUAAAUUUGAUAAUAGUAGGAAUCUUCAGUCACGUGGCGACCAAUUUCGACACACCAGAGCAACGUCAACGAAGAUACAAGGUCAGAGAAAGGUUCAGCAUCCACAAGGUCAUCGAGGAACAUCGAUACCGAAGAAGCCUUCGCAUAACUCUACCGUAUUGCUUUGUUUACUUGGCCUGGUUCCUGUGUUUCAUCUCUUCAGCUGCAUCAGCAACUUUUAUUAUUCUAUAUAGUUUACAUUGGAGUAGAGAGACAAGCGAGGAAUGGCUUAUCUCCAUUGCUAUGUCCUUGUUUGUGGAAAUAUUUGUUUCAGAACCGGUAAAGAUCGUCGUCAUGGCUUUAUUUUUGUCUUACUUUUGUCAGUCGGAUGCUGAUGGACUUGCUCAAACUCCCGGGAAAGUGGUACAUUUUGAUGAAGUUACCUCUGCUGACGGCCAAAAGGAAGAUGAACACGACGAAAAAAUUGCCUCACCAAAGCCCCUGAGCAAGAAAGAAUUGCGCCGUGCGAAGAUCUGUCGAAUGCGAGAGCUGCGUAUGUACAAGGCGAUACAGAAGAUAGUCUGCUAUUUUCCAUACCUUUUGAUAUUGAUGAUCAUGUGUUAUGAAGGUCGGAGUCAGUACAGUUAUUCUCUGAAAUUUUCACUAGAGCAAAAAUUUGGAGAGGUGAAUAUGCAUGCUUGCAUUUUCAAUUUUAGGGCGAAAUGUGGUAAAAAUUGAAUUGCUGUCAACUUAUAGUAUCUUUGUUUUGAUUACCAGGAAGGGAAUGAGUUCAUAAUAACUGUACACUGAACUGAUUGAUUUUCUUUGAAUUUCCAGUUAUGUAGAUUGUUUUUUUUAACAAUGCAUUGCUUCGUUAGAUCUUUACUCUUGAGAACAUGUGGAAGUGGCUUCAAGAAGUUUUGUUACCAGGAAUUUACCAGGACAAUGAGGACUUGGCAUUUUCAAAUUCUACUACGUUCACUGGAGAAGGUGAUGCAGUCCUUGUUGGGAUGCCCCGCCUUCGACAGCUAAGAGUGAAAAAAGGUGCGAACACAUAUAUAUCUUUAUAUAUUUCAGCAGGAUGACUGGCAGUAAAAUAUGAACAAAGAUUAAUAUGUAUUAGUAUCAGUGAUUAAUCAAACUGAUCACCUCAAUUUAUUUCUGACGACAAAUCAAAAGUCUAAUUGCCAUCAGACACAGUUCACCUUGUGUUUGUCCUUUUUGUAACAGUUUGCUGCAAAACUGCAUCAUCCCAGUAUUUUUUAAAUUAAAAAGUGCUGUAAACCGUUAAGAUUUACUUAUUGACUUUUAUUUCUUUUAGAUUCAUGUCAUGUUGUUAAGGAAGCGAAAUCUCUAUUCAACUCUUGCAUCGCGUCAUAUUCACUAGAAGCUGAAGAUAAAACGGAGUUAUAUCAGCCAGGAUGGCUUCCACUUUUAUCUUCACUAAAUAUCUCAACUGAAACAUUGAACAAGGUCUGCCCCAGACCCUGGCGUUAUUCUACAGCAGAGCAAACCGAAAGUUUACCCUUCUGGGGAAGACUUUAUCCUCUUUAUAGUCAGGGUGGUUACCUAGCAGAGCUAGGCUACGACAGAAAGUCUGCCACGAAGGUCAUUUCUGAGCUGAACAUGUUAAACUGGUUUGACAAGUACACUAGUACUGUAUUGAUUGAAUUUGUAGUUUUCAACACUCAUGUCAGUCUGUUUAGUGCAGUUUGGAUACUGGUGGAGUUCUCGCCAUCUGGCUAUGUGGCUUCUGGUCAAGUGAUUCACCCCCUUCACGUGUACAACGUUGGAGCUGGCUACAGUGUUGUUCACCUUGUUUUUCAGAUAUUGUUCAUGUUGUUUAUUGUUUACUUCGUCUUCAAAGAAACCAAAGAGAUGAUUCAACAACCAAAACACUACUUUCGUCGAUUUCUGAAUUGCAUUGAAGUGGUUCAGAUCUUUGUAGCAAUUUCCUUUGCAGUCGUUCAUAUCUUUAAAGAGGUAGAACUCUCUGUUAGCACGACUAAACUUCAUGAAAAUGUCUUCCAGUUUAUAAGCUUUGACAGAGCAGUUUUACUCGAUGAUAUGGAGACAGCAUUCUUGGCUUUAUUAAUGUUUUUCAACACUUUGAAGUUGCUGUAUUUGCUCAGAUUUAAUAGUCAUGUUAAACGUUUGUCUGAUGUCACGAAGGCGUCUUUCCUGGAACUCGUAAACUGCUCAGUAGGAUUUUACGUCUUCAUGUUCGCCUUCACUCAUUUCGGAUUCAUUCAAUUUGGAAGGGAGGUGGAGGAGUAUUCCUCACUGUCUAGUGCUUUCCAGUCCCUUCUCAUCCAGGGAGUCUUCAGCGACGGGGCUGAAUAUCUCCAAGAUGGUCAUGAUGUCAUCGGUCCUAUUUUCUUCAUAGUUUUCAACAUGUGUCUGCAAGUGAUAUGGGUUAACAUCUUCAUUUCCAUUCUUAUUUAUAAUUACCGAACCGUUACGCAGUUCUCCCAAAGAAGAUUUAGCUUUGGGAAAUUUAUGAUAAGGAAAAUCAAGGAGACACUGCAUUGCAUAGGAGACGGGAAACCACCUCAUAACGGACCGGGCAACAACAGGAAGAAAAGGGUGCACUGGAAAAACGAAAACGAUUCUGUUGAACUGGGUAACAACAACAACGACAACGGUAGGAGCGAAAGAACCAAUGGCAAGACCCAGAGUCCUCCUUUAAAGGAGUUCGACAAGUGCAUCACCCAGAUGAGUCUAAAGUUCAGUGACCUCUACAUUGACGAGUUUAUUGAAGACAUUGAGGACAUCGAAUUAUUGAACUGGUGGGCGGACGCUUGCGCGUGUAGAAGGAAUGUGUCUGAGAAGAAGAGGGCUGGUACCUUAUCAGACGAAGCUGUACAAGCG